AGUUGAAGAGUUAGGUCACGUGAUUUAAAAAUGGCUGCCUCCAUGGUGAAACGUCAAAUUCAGCCAGUGAAGCAUUGUUAGUGUUUAAAAGGAUGUCAGGAGAAGACAAUGCUAGCCUUCAGAGGGAUGAGGUUGAGGCCCUUGCAGCUAUAUACGGGGAUGACUGGUGUGUAGUGGAUGCUGACCACCACAUCUACUGUAUACAGAUAACUGAUGGCCAGGACAAACCACAGUGGACUGUCUGUAUACAGGUUAUACUGCCAGAAAAUUACCCAAGUGAAGCACCGCCAGAAUACCAGCUCAAUGCCCCCUGGCUGCGCGGGGAGGAGAGACUACAGCUGGAAGCAGCCCUAGCUGACCUGUAUUGUGAAAAUAUCGGGGAAAGCAUUAUAUAUCUGUGGACAGAAAAAAUCAGAGAAAGGCUUCAAAACAAAAUCUCAUCAUCAGAUGAAGUGGACCUUGAGGCCCUCCGUCAAGUGACCAUAUCCACAGAAACGGACCACGGAGAUGAUGACUUUGACCCUGAGCUGGUGGAGAUUUCCUCUACAGUAUCAGAACAUGGCACAGAAAAUGGCAGUGAUUGUGAGUGUCCCGCCAUUGCACAUGGGGAGUGUGUAACAGACCGACGAUCCACAUUCCAGCCCCACCUGGCCCCCGUCUUUCACAGAUCUCAGGUGAAGAUGGUGCUUGAUAAACUGUGCGAAAACAAGAAGAUUGCAAAUGCCACUCACAACAUAUUGGCCUACCGUAUAGUUCAGCGACAUCCACAAAAGUCACCUAUAGUGAUACAAGGCUGUGAGGAUGAUGGCGAGACACAUGCUGGUUCCAGAAUGCUGCAUUUACUGCAGAUACUAGAUGUGGAGAAUGUGAUGGUCGUCGUGUCUCGCUGGUAUGGGGGUAUACACCUGGGGCCGGACAGGUUCAAACACAUCAACAACUGCACACGCACCAUCCUAGACCAGAGCGAUUACAUCAAGGACAAGGAAGAGAAAAAAGGUCCAAAGGCUAAGAGCAGUGCAGAGAAAAAGAAGAGAUGAUAAAAGGCAUUGAAGAGUCCUGGAGUCUGACACUCCUAAUUUCUGGCACGGACACCUUGAUUUUUGAGUUUGGGAGCCCCAUCAGCCUCCUGGUACAGGCAUAAAAGACCGAAUCAAUAAAUGCUUUUUGGGAUCUAUAAGUAAAUUUGCCAUAUUGUGAAAACAUAUGCAUCUUCUCACAAGCAUUGUUUUGAAGAUGAUUUUCUUCAUGCGCUAAACUACUGAUGUGCUUGAUUUUGACUCCGACCCCUUAAAUUUGUCAUUGGAUAGUAUGGUGGACUCCUGUACAAAAGCAUUUUGUGUCUUAACUCUAACACUGGAAUGACUCUGCUCUGUGAUAACAAUGGGGCUGAUAUUUAUAUGCAAGGAAAGGCCAACUGCUGAAACCUCCAACCGUUGUGUUGCAUUACAAAUAUACAUGUAAAGUUCUCCUCAGUUGGUUGUCAAACACAUGUCACUUAUGUCAGAAAUUGUGUUUUAUGUACCAUCAACAAUUUAGCUUGUGCCUUUUUCGUCCUGGAUAUUUAGAAAAAUGGCUACUAGCUGUUUAAUUGAUUUAUUGAUCCAGCCAUUCAAGAUCUCGGAUGGAACCACUCAUUGCCAAAUACAAUCAGCUUUGUGCCAUAUAGUGUUAAAAAUGAUUAUGAAUUAUUUGCUGUGACAGUUUUAAGAGUUUGACAUUAUUUUGACAAGAGCUACAUGCGCUGGAAUACCAAAAUACUUCCAGCCAAUUGGGAAUGCCUACUAAGAGUAAAACAAAUUUGCUCCUUUACAUCAAGUUUGGGCCAACAAGGAAAUCAAAUCAAACAUGAUGGAGCAAACGGGUUUCGACUGUAUGUGUAUUUUAUAGAUCUAUAAGCUUACUUAAAUGGAAACAGAGUGUUCUCAUCGUUUUAACAAUCAAGUGCUUGUGGAUGGGAUAGAUUGACACUGUCAAAAAAAAUGUAUGUGAAGGUGAUGGAUAGUAUUAUGUCUUGUUAAGGAUGUUACUAGUAUACAUUGAUAAAACAUCAAUUGAUAUAUUUAUGCAUUGCUUGGGGCUAAAAUGUUUUUCAUCAAGAAAUCAUCAGCUGCUUCUGGAUUGUUUUACAUAAAAGAGUAUGUUUUCGGUCUGACAGUUGAAUGCAUGGAGGUUAAUUUGCACAUUUAAAGUUUCUUGAUAUAUAGUUUUAUAUGAAGUGUUGUGGAUUGGAAACCUAGGGUAAAGUAUAUGAUGUAAUUCAAGGGCUCAGCACAAUUCUGGUCAUAACUCCAUAUAUAAAUAUUGGAGAUAGCUUUUUAUGGAUUAAGCCAUUGGUACGCCUUUAAGAGGCGACAGUUAUAUACCUGUGAAAAUCUGAAAAUCACAUGCACUAUGUAAUAUAAAUUGUGCUUUUUAUCAUUUCGGAUUGAAAGUGUCAUUUCUUUUACAUUGUUAAUUGUAUUGUUAAUUAAUAUUAAAAUCAACCA